CGCGAAACACGUAUAACUCUAAUCCACCACAUCAGCAUGCAUUCAUCUACCAUCACCCACAGCGACCCGUAUAAAUACCAAUCGGGUUUCGGCAACCAUUUCUCGUCGGAGGCUCUCCCAGGAGCACUGCCUAUAGGCCAAAACUCUCCCCAGGUGUGCCCGUACGGGCUCUACGCCGAGCAGCUCUCGGGCACAGCCUUCACCGUGGGCCGUGCUGGCAACCAGCGCACGUGGCUGUACCGCAUCCACCCGGCGGCCAUGCACAGGCCCUUUGAGCCGUUUCUCUCCAUUCAGAACAAGGUUAUCGGCAACUUUGAUACCAACAAUACUGUGACCACGCCGACCCAAAUUUGUUGGCUGCCGUUCGAGAUCCCCGAGUCGGAGCCGCUCGACUUUGUCACCGGUCUGUGCACAAUCGGUGGGGCCGGCGACACCGCCCUGAAGAGCGGUCUGGCCGUGCACAUUUAUGCAGCCACGGAGAGCAUGGAUAAGCGUGCAUUCAGCAACUCGGACGGUAACCUGCUGAUUGUGCCGCAGCAGGGCCGUCUGGACGUGCAGACCGAGCUUGGCCCGAUCAUGGUGGCGCCGAACCAGAUCGCCGUGAUCCAGCGCGGCAUCCGCUUCUCCGUCGGCCUGCUGGACGGACCGAGCCGCGGAUACAUCCUGGAGGUCUACGAUAACCACUUUGAGCUGCCAGACCUGGGCCCCAUUGGUGCCAACGGCUUGGCAAACCCGCGUGACUUCCAGACGCCGACGGCAAAGUACGAGCACACGAGCGACUCAUGGGAGAUCGUCAACAAGUACCAGGGUGAGAUGUUUGCUGCGCAGCAGGACCACUCGCCCUUCGAUGUGGUCGCAUGGCACGGCAACUACGCCCCGUACAAGUACGACUUGGCAAACUUUAACGUCAUCAACUCGGUCAGCUACGACCACAUCGACCCGUCCAUUUUCACCGUCCUGACCUGCAAGUCGGUUCAUCCAGGCACGGCUGUAGCUGACUUCAUCAUAUUCCCGCCGCGUUUUGAAGUACAGCAGCACACAUUCCGCCCGCCAUUCUUCCAUCGCAACUGCAUGACCGAGUUCCUGGGUCUGAUCCAUGGCGAGUACGAGGCAAAGAAGGACGGAUUCCUGCCUGGUGGUGCUUGUCUACUCUCCACUAUGACACCGCAUGGGCCAGAUACGAAGACCGUGGAAAUUGCAACUAUGCACGAGUUGCUCCCUAGACGCAUUUGCGAAGACUCUAUGAUGUUUAUGUUUGAGUCCAUGUACCAGCUGAGACUGACAAAGUGGGCAGCCAAGCACAAGCAGCGCGACCACAACUACUACAAGUCGUGGGAGGGCAUUCCGAUCAGAUUUAACCCGGACAAGAUCUAAUUUAGUAUAUAUGAAUGUCAUUUAUCCUCAUUUCUUUCCGUUUUAUUGCAGAAGUUUAACCAGGCAGUGUAGAAUAGGCUGGUACCGCUCCAUCACAUCUACACUGAACAAGGGAAGAGCCUUGGAACCCCUAUACUUUGCAAUAUCAUCUGUUGUUGGUACCGCUGCUCAACAAGUUUCUCAAAAGCGGGUUAGCGCGCCGAAGAAUAAAUAUAGUGCAGGUUUCAGCAUUCAUUCGGAUGUACCAGACUUCACUAUUUUCUGAAC